AAACAAAUCACCAGAUAAUGUUCAUUGGCAUUGGUUGAAAAAAAACAUCAGUGUUAGGAUCAUCACAAUGAAGAUAAUACUCUUAACUUUCUUGCUCCUGUUUUCCUUUGGGGCUAAUGGGAAACUUUCAUCUGAUUUGAACUUUACGGAAAACCUGUUGCACUUUUCUGAAGAUCACGGCCAAUAUUGGAAAACUGGGGUAGCAAGCGAACGUCUCCAGCAAACGUUUGAUCUAUUGCGGCUGACAAAUAAGUGGAAAGGACCCAGGUACUCAACAAUUGACGCACCGCUCUUCGAUCUUCUUCCAUCGUACCAAAAGGCACCCUUCACGUGUAUUCUCUGUGACACUAUUGUCAGUUCUGUCUUUGGCUGGAUUGACGCAGGAGACACCAAAGACGAAAUUGUCAAUAAAGUGGUUGAUUUGUGUCUCACCUUUAACAUACAGACAGAAAAGGUCUGCAGAGGAGUGGUUGAUGCAAACGCUGACGUUAUACUUUUCAUUUAUGCAAACCGCAAUGUCACUGUGGAAGAUGCUUGCGGUCUACUGCUUUUUGGCGACUGUCCAUUGAACAACGCAAUGUUUGAAUGGUCCAUUGAUAUUUCAUCGGCAGGGCCAAAACCUCCGAUAGAAAACCCUGAGUUGCCUCCAGAGGGGUCACCGACUUUCAAGUUCCUCCACAUUAGCGACUUCCACGUGGACAUCUACUAUGCGCCAGGUGGAAACGCCGAUUGUGGUGAACCGACGUGCUGCAGACCAGAUCAGGGUGCGCCAGCUAAUGAGAGCGCUGCCGCUGGCUACUGGGGCGACUACAGGGAUUGCGAUAUGCCGUGGCACUCGUUUGUCGAAAUGCUCGAACACAUUAAGGCGACGCAUACAGACUUUCAGUACAUCAUUUAUACAGCAGACACUCCAGACCACACGGUUUGGUUUACCUCGGUGGAGCACAACACGCAGCUUUUCACUCAGUCACACGCCGAAAUUGCCAGGGUUUUUCCAGGUGUUCCAGUUUACCCUAUUCUUGGAAACCACGAACCUCAUCCACUCAACCUUUUUGUAGAGCCUGAUCCAAACAUCCCAUACAAUAUUUCUACUGAAUGGUUGUACGAGCUAGCCAGAGACACUUGGAGUUUGUGGUUGGGACCAGAGACCUACGAGGAUAUUAGCAGAGGCGGGUUCUACGCCACAAAAGUUCAGGGGAAACUGUGGAUUGUUGCCAUCAACAACAUUUGCUACAACUACAAUUUUUGGAGUUUGUACGACAACGAAGACCCAGCAGAUCAGCUUAAGUGGCUUGUUGCAAAAUUGACUGAAAUCGAAGCCUUGGGAGACAAAGUUCACAUUUUAGCCCAUAUUCCAUCAGGAAAUGCUAAUUGCGUGAAUAGCUGGAUGAGAGAAUUUAAUAUAAUUUUGAACAGGUUUGAGAACACUGUGGUUGCCCAAUUUAACGGUCACAGUCAUCACGAUGAAUUCUUCAUCUAUUAUGACUGGGAUGACCGCUCGAGAGCUAAUGGGGUUUCCUUUAUCCCGGGGAGCACCAGCGAGUGGAAUCCCUACUACCGUCUUUACACUGUUGAGGGCACUGGAGAUUAUUAUAGAAUAUUGGACUACGAAAAUUGGUACUACAAUUUGACAGAGGCAAACAUGGCUGGGCCUGACGUUAAACCAAACUGGCAGAAACUAUAUACCUUCAAUGCGGAGUAUGGGACAAAAGCGACCACCCCUGGUGAGCUUGACCUUUUAGUGCACAGAAUGGCUAAUGAUACUGCACUCAAAACGAAAUAUUAUGGAUACUAUUAUUCAAUGUCCGACCCAAAGUUAGAAGAAGGCUGUGACGAGCAAUGUCAAAACCGACUGCUUUGCAACAUUGUCGAGACGCUACAAGAUGACCUUAGGAAAUGUGAUGAAUUAUUCCCACCUGCUAAAUAAAUUAUUCAUCACUCGCAAUUUACAAACCA